GGACGGGCCGGAUGUCCGCUGUGAAUCUUCGGAGGAUACGGGAAGCGUCUUAAAAGUGCCCUUGUGUUUGCUUGCGCUUUAAUUUCCCACUAUGUUUCGGUACACAAUGGCUCUGCGUCAGGUUUCCAGACGGACCUUCUCUAGUACUGUUUCCAGACAGAUUGACAACAAAGUUCCUGCCAAUCAGAAGUUGUUUCAGGUAACUCAGGAGGACAAUGGCAUACCUGUUUAUCUGAAGGGAGGUACCAAAGAUGCUCUCUUGUACAGAGCAACAAUGGUUCUUACAGUUUUUGGUAGUGGAUUGGUCUUGUAUAAUCUGUUUGAUGCGGCACUGUCCAAGAAGUAAUGAAGAAUUGUUUAUCCACAUAUCCGAUUGCUCCUGUUGCAACGGAGGAUUAAUGACUGGACACAUUGAUCCUUACUUUUUAUUUUUGUUUACAUAGAGGGAUCAAUAUUUAUUGAUUGUUCUGUGGCUCAACCAUAUGUAAUAAACCUUACACUCUGUCGGCCAA